AUGUUGGGCUCCUAUUUUACAAAUCUAACUUUCCCACUUGUGUCAAGCUUGAAAUGUCUGAAAAUACCACAACCCCUUUCAGUUGGUUUCUCGUUCCUACAUAGGUGUAUUGCUCCUUGGAAGAGCUCAUUUUUUAUCGAAGAUUCCGCACCUACAACAGUGAAUAAAGACAAAAUGGACGACGUAGAUCUUGCUCCAGCGGCAGUCUCGCCGCAGAACAAGGAAUUGCCUGCGCAGAUAGCUGGCGGCGGAGGAAACCCGAAACGCAGCGAAGGAGAAUCUGCCUCACAAACAACUCCUUAUGGUGCAAAUGAUGCUCAUGUCCUAUUUUUUAUGGUUUCGGUAGGUACUUGCGCCCACGAACGAAUUUACUCAUUAUUAAAUAUCAUGUCAGGGAAAUGAAUGAUUAGAAAAAUCGUUUGCAUUCUGUGGCUGUGGCUGUGGUGGAUAGUCGAUGCCUCAUCCUGUUCUGCAGAUGUUGAGCUCUAAGUACCUCAGGGAGAAGCCGGUGUGGACGUCUUUUUUCACUCGGCGCCAACUGAAGUGCUGUGCCACUUGCUUUCGUUCUCAACAGCAGAAGAACUGGUUGCGUUAACUUCUACAAGCAAACUGCUUCGCACGCUAAUUUUACGGCUUCGAAGUGAAAGUUCGAGGUACUUAAAUGCGAGGAAGUACAGACAGAUGGAAGCGCUGCCUACUGCACUCCAUUUGGUUGUAACGGAAUGCUAUCUAUCAGCUAAAUUAAAGCCAGAGACUCCAUCGCACUAUCUCAAUAGAUAUAGAAGCAUUUUGUUGUCUGAAAUGAGAGUUUCGUACUCGUUAUUGUAGGUAACUUCAAAAUUCAAGGCUUCUACUUUGAAAAGCUCUCUAAGUUGAAGGCAGGAAGAUGCGAUCUGGCAACAACAGAUGCGCACGUAUGUUACCGGGUCAGGCGAGGAUGGCAUGCCCUCUGUGACACAAGCAGCGGCCAUCGCGAACUUGGUACAACCCAUUUAAUAAAUAUAUUUUUAUACUGUUCAAGCUGUUCCUUUGCAAUUGUCGUUACGGUGAUAAUGGUGAUGAUGAUGAUGAUCUGACUCGUUAUUUGCAUAUUUUUUAGCUUCUACACUAGCUACAUUGAUCAUUUGGAUUUCUUUGCUUUUUCAUUCCAUUCAACAUCUGCUAAAUUAUGUUUCGAGCUCCUUCAUAUAGCCUCCAUGCAGUUGCUGUAUCUUCUUGACAAUCUAUGUAUAUGUAUCAGGGCGAGGAAUUGCUGCAGCACUUUUGCAAAGGAAAGAGCAAAGGCGCGGUUGGUUAUGACUAAGUCGAGGUAACUUCGUUACCUGACGCUGUGGGUACACUACGUCCUAGUACGGCGGCAUUUCCUAGCGGUACUAUGUGGGGAAUUAUCAAGCUGACGACCGUGACCCAAGUUUUUUUCACAUUCUUCCACAAUUGGGACUUAUGGGCGAAAAUAUCUCUAAAUUGUCGUCGUUGGGGAGCCACAGCGCUGCGCUUCUUUCGAAUUAUUCGUGCAACUUCGGCUGAUCAUGCGCACGUGGCUGGAUUUUUCUUGUGCGGGCUUUCGCAUAAUUCUCAACGACCGCAUAUGGGAAGAGCACGCGAACACAAAAUUCCGCUGUCUCCUACUCCCGUUUGAUGUAGACGCGCUGCUUACUGCUGCCCGGUUGCGGCGAGUGCUUCCCCCGUUGAUUCGGGCUACGCUGUCCAACGGGCCACGUCGCAUAUGCAGCGAUCAGGCCGAUAUCUAAGGCUUGAGGUGUUAAUGAACACAUGUUUGCCAGAGCAGAUGUCUGAUAUUUUUGGACUUCAACGACAGAAAGAGCAUCUUCGAGUUGUAUUUGACUCAAUCAUGUCAACAACAGAUGGGCGUGUAGUUAGAGAAUCCAAACGAUUUUUCAAGUUGUUAUCAUGCCUCAGCGAAAAAGGAACCAGACACUCGAAGAGCAUAAUGAUAAGACUUGGCGUAUCACUUCUAAGAAACGACGGAAGAGUCCGGUCGUAAGAAUUGGUUGACUCCGCCGUCGCUUUCAGUAUUGCAGAAGGAUGGAGAGGACAACAAUUCCAGUGCGGUCGGCCGAAGCGCACGCCUGUUAUUCCAAGUGGGGCUGUUGAUAGGCGAUCAAGUUGCGCCACCGCCACCGGCUAUCGGCCACGAUUGGGCGAAUUUUCCGAAGCUCUACGAAAACGCAAGACAGUAUCAAAAACUGCAAAGGGAUCUCGGAUUAGCCGACGAACAGCAAGUGUUGGAAGCGGAAAUUGAAUGUUUGCGGUCUCUGCAGGACGAAGGAUCAUCCGAUACUUGCUCCCUCUACGGGAUACAGCUGCCGAAGGGUAUUUUUGGCGGGUAUCAAGUGUACGACCGUUUUACAUCCGGAUGGCAGGGACUACGAGGCCCAUCCGGUCAUAAGGUGCCGGCAGUAGUGUUGCGCUUGCAGCGCUUUCCAAGGUAUGGCAUAACAUGGUUGAUAGUGACGGGAGAAGGAUACGCAACUUUUUUGUUGGUCAUUGUGUAGUCAUACUGGGAGAAAAAGAAGAUGAUCAUUCAUAUUCUUGAUUCGUCUUCAUCUGCUUUCUCCCGAUGUUCAAUUUCAAGAGUAAAUAAAACGUCGCUCAGCCACCUCACUUUUUCCUUUUUUGCAUAGACGAGAGGGAGAGGCCAAUCAUCUAAGUUGUGGCAGUGAAUCUUCGUACAGAGAGGCCGCAUGCAGCUAUGGGAAUGCUGCCAUUGUGGGCAUGGGGAGCCUGUCUGGGGCCGCAAGGGCGACUAUUGCGCGAACCCCAAGUCUUAAUUCAUCAGGAAACGCUGGAAGUCUUCGAAGACGCGCGCACUGUGGAAGACCUCGUACCUAUUCCAUCCGAAGAAGAGGAUCUCGCGGAAGUUCGCCUCCAAUAUGCUGCUCCAGCUGGCAAGACUUUCUUUUAAGAAUAUCUAUAUCACUCCAUGCAUUUGUUUUUAACCUUCUUCACUGCAAGAGCAAGACGAAGCACAGGAAGACGCAUGUCAAUAGCCUGCCCAACUUAUCCCUUUAGGUUAUAAUGGUGGACGUGGAUGCAUUUCGGAAGAUGAUGACUGAUUGUCGAUUCUGGUCACUUCUCACCUCUAAUUUUUGGAAUAUCUGAACGAGUACGCCCGACGACUAGAAACUGGGGUUUACGGUUACAAGCCUUUAUAUCCAUCGAAGUUUGGGCCGGACAUUCGUGGCAUUUGCCUAUUUCCUCAAGCAGGUCCUGGCUUUGGUUCUCAAGUUACCAACUUCGUGCGUAUGGACGGAUCUGCGGUGCCUCUUUUAUGACUAACACUAAGUAAACAAGAAACAACUGAUCAAAGAAAUAGCAUUUGCAGAAAUACGGACAGAAAUGUCUGUAUGAAAUGAGCAACUAAUGAACGAAUAGCACAACGGAGAGUACUUGACAGGGAAGAGCUCCAUGUUUUUGUUUAUCGGAUGCAUGGCAGUUAUGAGACGACUUGACGUAUACACAGUACACGCAUAGCUCUAACUCUCCCCCAGGGUGAAGGUUUUGCAUACUCGUUGAGAUUUUCGCUCACUGGAACAGCAGAAGAGCGUGGCUUUGAUUCUUGCCAGCUGCGGACAAGGCGCAUCGACAUCCAGGUAGCCGAAGAUGAAGAUGAAAUAAGGCUUGAUGCUUGGUUUAGAAAAGCUAAAGUUCUCGUAUUCAAGUCCUCGAUGUGUCCCCAUCCAGGAGCAUACUCGAGAGUUAAAUCUGGAGGUUGAGGUGAAGAUGCUUAUCUUCCUAUUCCUGGUGCUGCGCUCUCACUCUGUUAUAUAUCUGUUACUCCAGCAACUUCAAUCGUGGUCUCAGUUUGACUCAUGGCAACUACACAUUCAUUAGCGACAAUUCAUCUAGUUCUACAGUCUUUAUUGAUAAUACGAAGACACCCAGGAUGGCGACUCCAAACAAAAAUGAUACUGUAAUAUCUGUCAUUUCUAUUUCCACAUCAAGUUCGCUGUCGCUCUUCGUCUAAAAAGUUCCGGUGAAGGGUUCCACAGCCUGCAUGGGCGUCCAACUGUUGGCCCAGCGGUUAUUGGCUUCCACCCACUUCUUGUCGAUGGGGGACACAUUCUUAACUCUUCGUCCGACCAGCAUGGCCAGUGGGAAUACAAAAAACACGGGACCAAGCUCAGCAAGUUACGAGUUUGGUAUGAGUACGAUAGGUAAAAAUCGUAACUAUUUUUCUUGUAGAAGUUGUACUUAUCAAUCUAUCAAGUUAUGUUUCAUUUGAAGAUGCAAUGUCCGUCGUGCAGCCAGGUCCACUUCUGGCUCUAAUUAUAGGAGGAUCCAAAAGCGGAGGAAAUGGUAAUAACGCUGCGGAAAGCGCAUCUUCAUCGAGCACCGCGUCUGGGGCUCCAGGGUCUACAGAUGACGAGGAUGCCGAAAUGGUUUGCUGCGAUGCUGCUCCGGAUGCUGAGAACACAGCAGAGUCCGCGGAUAACGGCAACAACAACACCAUUUCAUCCACGAGCACUCGAUGGAAAAACUUGGCUGCACUGAGUGGCGAGGAUGCGUACUUCAUUCCAGGGGAAUUUUCUUACCAAAGCAGAUCCGGUCCGAUCCCGCCUCGCCAUCGAGGCCGUUUUACUGGUGCCAUGGAGUUCGUUCCAGGCACAAUUGCAAAGCCAACGGGAGAGCCCUUUUGGGUGGACGUGCCAAAUUUCCCUCUGGAAUAUAUCGAUGGAUAUGCAUUCUACUGA